AUGGCUGCCGUUCAAUCCAUGCCCGGCUUGCCAUCCAAGCCACUUCCCAAGUACGAGCAGGUGGCGGAGACAUCAGCAAGCCUCGACUGGGCCGACCUCGUCACCCUCGACCUCUCCAACUUCGAAGCUCCAGGAGAGAGAGAGCGUCUAGCCGCGCAGCUCAAAGAUGCCGUCCACAACGUCGGCUUCUUCUACAUCACCGGCUUUGGACUCUCGCAAGAGGAAGUCGACAACCAGUUUGCUAUCGGCAAGGAGUUCUUUGCCCUCCCCACAGAGGAGAAGGUCAAGUAUCGCGCGGAUCUGGAGCAUGGCAACUACAACGGCUAUCGACCGAAGGGAAGUAGUGAAGUCCUGCCUGGGAAGAGGGAUAAUGUUGAGAUGUUCAAUGUGUUCAAAUUUAUCCCAGAACUUGAGCGCGGCCAGCCAGACGUCAUCAACGACAACCGUGCCGAGAUCGAGCGUUUCCAACGGCAUAUUGCUGAAGACACCGUCCAGAAGCUGCUCAUACUGAUCGCCAUCAUUUUGGAGCUUCCCGAGGACCACCUGACGAAGGGACAUCAAUAUGAUGACGUCUCUGACUGCCAUCUCCGAUACAUGAUCUACCGCCAUCGCUCGGCACAAGAGAAUGCUGAGUACCAGAAUUUGUAUUCGAAAGGGCAUACGGACUUCGGAUCGUUGACGUUGUUGUUCCGACAGCCUGUCGCGGCGUUGCAGAUUCGGAUGCCUGACGGUUCGUGGAAGUGGGUGAAGCCGUACCCUGGGUCGAUCACCGUCAAUAUUGCAGAUGUCCUCCAAUUCUGGACAGCUGGCUACCUCAAGAGCAGUAUCCACCGUGUUGUUGCACCACCCCCGGACCAAGCCCACAUCGACCGCCUCGGCCUGCUGUACUUCCUCCGCCCAGCCCACGACCUGAAGUUGAAAGCACUCGACAGCCCGUUACUUCAAAGGCUGGGCCUCACCUCAGAGAACGAUGCUGCCAACGAGAUCAAAGCCGGCGACUGGGUUCGUGCUCGAGUGAAAGGAAACCAAGACAAAGUCUCAGAGGGUGGUAACAAGAACAAGCCAGUGCUCGGUGGCAUCGAGGCGAAGUACUAUGAUUAG